UGGGCAAUUAUUCCUAGUGACGACACACAGGGAGGCUGAGCAAAUCCCAAAUAUGGCCCUUUCACCCACCCUUCCAAAAACCAAGCAUCUUGCACAAGAGUUCAUUUAUAAGCUGGGUCCUGUGCCUGGAUGGUCACCAGUGCUAACUGCUUCGUCUCCGUUUCUUCCAGCUCCUCUACAAGUGACCUCUCCAACUAUGACCAUGCUUAUCUGAGGCGGAGCCCUGACCAGUGUAGUUCCCAGGGGAGCAUGGAGAGCCUGGAGCCCAGUGGGGGAUACCCACCCUGCCAUCUGCUUUCCCCUGCCAAGUCUACCAGCAGCAUCGACCAGCUCAGCCACCUCCAUAACAAGAGAGACUCAGCUUACAGCUCCUUCUCCACCAGCUCUAGCAUUGUAGAGUAUCCACCCCCUGGCAUCUCCAGCCGGGAGCAUUCAGGCUCCAUGGACGCCCCUUCUGCUCGAGGUAGCCUCCUAGAAGGGAUGAGGCAGGCAGACAUUCGCUAUGUCAAGACAGUCUAUGACCCCCGGAGGGGAGUCUCAGCAGAAUAUGAAGUGAACUCUUCAGCCCUGCUUCUCCAAGGUAGGGAGGCGCAGGCAUCAGCAGAUGGCGAAGGCUAUGACAAAUGGCAUAAUUUUCCCCGGGGUAAGGGAGCACCACCCCCACCCUGCAACCAGCAGUGCCCCAGUUCCUUGGAAACAGCCACUGACAACCUGCCUCCUAAAGUGGGCGCACCCCUGCCCCCAGCUCGGAGUGACAGUUAUGCAGCCUUUCGGCACCGAGAACGACCAAGCUCUUGGUCUAGCCUUGAUCAGAAACGGUACUGCCGGCCUCAGGUAAACUCUUCAGGCUCCCUGAAAUCUUCCUUCGUGGAGGAACAGCUACAUACAGUACUCGAGAAGAGUCCAGAGAAUAGCCCUCCAGUGAAGCCCAAACAUAAUUAUACCCAGAAGGCCCAACCUGGCCAACCUCUGCUGCCAACUGGAAUCUACCCAGUACCUUCUCUGGAGCCACACUUUGCCCAGGUACCCCAGUCCUCCGUGAAUAGUAAUGGUACACUCUAUCCUGCUCUGGCCAAGGAGAGUGGAUAUACAGCCCCUCAGGGAGCUUUCGACAAGAUGGCUAGCCUGGAUGAGAAUGGGAACCAAAAUGGAUCUAGCAGAUCUGGGUUUGCCUUCUACCAGCCAUUAGAACAUGACCCAGUGUCUCCAGUAGAGAGAAAACUUGAAACUUCAGCCAAGUGUGCCCCCUACAAAGUUAAUUUCCCUUCAGUGUCCGAAAGUGAAGAAGAUACCACCUUGAAGAGACAUCUCAUACCCCUCCAAGGCAGCAGCCUGCAUCCCACUGAAAGAAAGAGCACCCACAGCAACAAACCAUAUUCUAAUCACCACGGCCUCAGUUCUCCUCAGGCACAGGCUUGGCAAGAGGGUGAAGAGAAGAGACCUUCCAGACCCUCAGAACCUUGGGAGGGUGAUUUCCAGGAAGACCACAAUGCCAACCUCCGGCAGAGGCUGGAGAGAGAAGACUUAGGCCAGAGCCAGUCAAGCAACUUUGGCAGGACCAAGUCCACCUUCUUCUCUCUCCAGAACAUUCCUGAGAGCCUAAGAAGGCAGAGCUGCCUGGGGCCAGGAGAGGGAGCCCAGGAGAGCUACACGGAGGGCCCGCCCACCUGUGCAGUCAGUUUGAAGGGAGAGGAAGCUGGAAGGAAAGUUGUGCCUAAUCACAGGAGUCAUCUGGACAGGCUGGUUUCCUACCCAAGGCCUGAGGGGAGAGCCAGUGCCUUGGCCUCUUUCCAGAGUUCAGAUACAAGAUUUGAAGAGCCACAUUCCCCACCCCACCAGCAGACAUCUAGUCUGGGCCGAAGGAGACUCAGCUCAGGCGGGACCUCGGUUCUACAGGGCUUUCAAUACGGGAAGCCCCACUGCUCUGUGCUGGAGAAGGUGUCCAAGAUUGAACAGCGAGAACAAGGGAGCCAGAGACCCCCAAAUGUGGGCAGCUCCAACUUCGGUCAUCACUACAGGCCCAACAGGACACUCCCAACUUCUACUUCUGGAAAUGACUUUGAGGAGACAAAAGCCAAUAUCCAUUUUUCCGAAUCCACUGAAACUGUAGGCAGUGGGGAGCAGCACUUCAAAAAUGGUGAGCCAAAUUUGGAAGAGGUUUCCUGGCAGCCAUGUGGUCAGCUGAAGAGAGAAGUGGAGGGAGGCCGAGGCCCCACUCUCCAAGGCAGUGAGCCCCAGAGGCAGGUCGCUCGCCUGCUCCGCAGCCAGAGCACCUUUCAGCUCUUCAGCCAGGGGGAGAGGGAGGCCCUGUGGCAGGACGACAGGCUCUGCAUGCCCGAGUCACCAGUGCAGGAAGCUCCCUUCAGCCGCGCCUACCGGAACAGCAUUAAGGACGCGCAGUCCCGCGUCCUGGGGGCCACCUCCUUUCGACGCCGGGACCUGGAACCUGGAGUAUCCUCGGCUUCCAAGCCCUGGCGGCCACGGCCCGCCUCAGCCCAUGUGGGGCUGCGGAGCCUGGAGGCACCGGCCUCUGCCUCCCCGCACACGCCCCGCGAGCGCCACAGUGUGACUCCAGCCGAGGCGGACCCCGGAGGCCGGCCAGUGCUUUCCACUGCCCGGAAGGGGCCGCGCCGGCGUCUGACCCCAGAGCAGAAGAAACGCUCCUACUCGGAGCCGGAGAAGAUGAAUGAGGUGGGCGUCUCCGAGGAGGCCGAGCUGGCCCCUGUAGGCUCGCAGAGGAAGGGGCUGCGUUUCCUGGAGAAUACAGUGGCCGACCGGCGACGCAUCUUCGAACACGAAGGCAAGGCCUCCUCUACACUCAGCCUGUCUGGGCCAGAGCUGAAGCAGUUCCAGCAGAGUGCCCUGGCCGACUACAUUCAGCGCAAGACCGGCAAGCGGCCUUCUGCCUCAGGCUGUAGCCUCCAGGAGCUGGGGCCCCUGCGUGAGCGCGCCCAGAGCACCUACUUCCAGCCUGGCCCUAUGGUGACGGAGGGCCCUGGCCUCGCCCCUGCCUCCAGCCUCUGCUCACUGAGGGAGCCCAGCCUGCAGACCCGCAGGGAGGCUCCCCUAGUGGUGGCCGCAAUGGGGAAUGGGGGGGAUCUCCUGCAGACCCCCCGAGAUCGCAGCAGCUCUUUUGCUGGUGGUCGUCUAGGGGAAUGGCGACGAGGGGACCAAGCCCCGAGGGAGCUGCACAGUAGAGCUAACUAUGGUGGACCAAAAGGCACCCAGAGGGUGGACAGGACCCCUGUGGAGCCUUCCUCAUGGGGGGCUGCAGAUGGGAAGUCCAUGAAGUCCAUGUCUGCAGAGGACCUGUUGGAGCGCUCAGACGUCUUGGCUGCCCCUGUCCAUGUCAGGUCACGGUCAUCUCCUAUUGUGGACAAGAAACGCCAGGUAAGUGUAGCAGGUGGGUCCUAGUACUAUCCUAUUGGGGUCUGGAAGCUUUAGUGGGGCAUGCCUAACCUCAGGCCAUCAGUUUUCCUUUUACAUGUAAAACAGUAGCAUUUGUUUUUAUGAGUAUUUUCUUUCUUUCUCAGUGCCCCUGUCAGAUGUCC